AUGCAUCAGGGAAUUCCUGAACAGGCAGAUGUUCCACCAGUUGCCCAAGUUCCUGCUCAGGUAGCAGCAAACUCCCCAGCAAUCAUUCCUCCAUUGCAAGCAUCACAACCUGCUGCUGCACCUGCUAUUGUCCCUAAUGCAAAUCCAUUGGAUCUCUUCUCUCAAGACCUACCAAAUGUGGGUGCAAAUGUUGGUGCUGGCAAUUUGGAUUUUCUUCGAAACAGUCAACAGUUCCAAGCAUUGCAAGCUAUGGUGCAAGCAAACCCUCAAAUUUUGCAGCCUAUGCUUGAAGAGCUAGGGAAAAAAAAUCCACAUCUUGUGCAUCUCAUACAAGAGCAUCAGGCCGACUUUUUGCGACUGAUAAAUGAACUUGUCGAGGGAGGAGAAGGGAACGUUCUGAGCCUGAUGGCUUUAGCCAUGCCACAGGCUGUGACUGUAACUCCUGAGGAGCGGGCAGCCAUUGAACGUGUAUGUUUCUAAUCUUUGUUUAACCUCUGUGUAGUCCCUCUCUUGUUUGUGCUUUUAUCCAAGAGCCAAGAUGGCUACUCAAGAACAUUUAUUGCAUUUUUUUUAUUCUUAAACAUAUAAUUUAGACGGUUGAAACCUUUACUGCACUGUUUUAUAGUUAAUUUUAUUAUAAUGUUUCAGUCAGUUCUAUGUAUCAACAACCAUUCAGAUCAAUCACAUUUUAGGACCAAAAUAAAUAAAUAAAUAGCCAAUUGAACAGAGGGAAAAACUCUAGUGAUGGUUAAAAAUAUAGAAGUGGUUGUUAGACAAAAUAAUGCUAAAGACUUGGCACUUGAUCAUGCUAUACAUCUGUUGCUCGCUGGUAUGUUUGCCAAGUGUUUGUGUAUUGGUUCUGGUUCAGUUUUCUCACGACAAUCACUUGAGUAGACAAUGAGGGACUGCUUUUGAG